CAUUUCUCGCUAAACAGUUGAAAGUGACCACAUCGGUUUGCAGUUUACUUCAGUGCGGUUACUCAAAAUGCUAAAGCUUUUACUGUUCUUAGUGAUUGUUGUUUUUGCUGUUGUCAUAUUUUUAUAGGAUGUUUAAAAACUCGCAAGUUUCUCAAAUACAAUUUAAUAUGUUACGUAGACUUUUAAAUUAUUUUGUAGGUUUAAUGGUUAUUAUAAGUUAUAGGGAUAUUGAAUGUGGUACGAUUACAACAAAAGUACAAGCGACUGAGCAGGAGUGUGAGUUUCCGCCGAAGUUCGAAGAGGACCUUACGCAUUUGCGGCGCAAGCGGCUGACCACGGAGAACGGCCUCGUGUGCCUGGAAGACUACCCCUACACUGUCUCUGUCAGAUUACACUAUAAACACUGGUGUGGUGGUGCUCUGGUCGGAAAAGAGUGGGUGUUGACGGCAGGACAGUGUUUUGACUAUGUUACCAAGGACGAGGUGUCAGUCCGUGUCGGUUCCGUUUUCCGUGAUUUUGGCGGCAAAAUAUUUGCUGUCACGGAGAUCGUCAGGCACCCAGAGUACAGGAUAGACCAGUACUAUCCUGAGCAUAACCUAGCCCUCAUUAAGCUAAACAUGCCGGUGACGCGGAGUAACCGCGUGCAGCCAGUGGCGCUUGCCCCGCCUUCUUCAGACGAUCCGCCGAAAUAUGGCCACAUCGUCGUCACGGGAUACGGCGCCAUCUCCGGUCAAAUCCGCGAGGGUCAGAACCAGGAGCUCAGAAGAAUGAUAGUACAAGACGUGCCUCGCGCGUCGUGCCGUCUCCUCUACGGGAACGGGUUUCGGCUGCAAUCCGACCAUAUGUGUCUGCAGAGCACGGUCAAAGGCAUCGCUUUGUGUGCAGGUGACACAGGCGACCCAGCCGUACACUUUAGCGGCGCUUCCAAAGGCGGCACGCUAUACGGCAUCGCGCUCUUCUCCGGGACCGAGGAGUGCACGUACAAGUCCAAGCCUGGAAUUUAUGCUAAGAUAUCUCACAGCCGCGUGUGGCUGGACUCGAUCCUGAAGGCAAUUCCCAUCACUUCAGUGCCCGCGGACAGUGCCGACAGCAGUGAUAACGUUAUUUUGUCCGAGAGCGAAUAAACACGAUUUCAAAAAAUA